AUGCUAGCUAGACUUCAAUCUUUGAGCACGAGUGUUGUUUCGCAAGCUAAGCUUGUCUCUUCGAAAACGAUCUACUACUCGAAAGUUGUCGGUGAACUUUCUAAACAGGUUUAUUUGAAAGAAAAUCUUCAACCACCUUCUGUCAAUGAUUUCCAAACUGUUUACACCAAGCUGUACAAACGUGCUCUUGGGUUUGCUACGAAGCCUAAGAGCUCUUUGGAAUUUUUGAAAACGCUAGGCAAGAACGAUUUGGUGAAAUAUGGUUCCUAUGGGGUGCAGCUAGCCGGUCUAUAUUCCCUCGGAGAGAUCAUUGGGAGAAGAAAAGUUGUAGGAUACACUAAUUAUGCCGCUCAUCACUAG